AUGGCCGAUCAGGAGUUCGAGAAUACGGUGAAGAAACUCCGCCUUUUUAUCCAAGCCAUCAAAAAGAGGGAUGCUGUGGGGCUAACACAGCAACUAGAAGACUGUUUUCUUUUGACAACUGAUGCAUCAUGGACAGAACCAGAAGUAAUCCUGAGCAAAUUGUACCCUUAUGUUUCCAAACUUGAGCAAAUAUUACAGAACUCGUUUAAUGCAAACAGUAACUGUAUACUAGAGUCGUUUAAAUAUAUGGUUAAUGCACUCCUUUCACGGCAAAGUAGACGGAAAACUCCCGAAUUGCGAGAUUCGGAUAUUGACCUUGUACGAAUUGUUAAUAGAGCUAUUGAUCAGUCUGAUCCAUUACGUACCCUAAAUGCUCUAAGACCACUGCUGCGAGAACAGAUGCUUCAAGCUUUGGAUGGAUAUCAAAAGUCUGGAUUCAUUCAUUACAUUGCUCGUUUGUACCAUCAUGAACUUGGGGUGGCAAAAUCGGACAAGGGUGCAAGUCUCAGUGGGUCAGAGUUAAUUGCUGCACUGGAUGUUCUAGCUUGUAUUGUGUCCCUGAACGAGGCAUUGGAUAAAAAUGACCCUUAUAUGCUAAUGUGUUCGUUGACCAAUCCAGAUGCCUACUGGGAGGAGGUUGUAUAUCAUUCUAAAGAUAGAUUUCCACUAGAACAUUCAAAGUUAUAUUUAACAGCUCUAAGAAAAGCCCGUGAAAGGAAGGCCGACUCCGGAAGGCUUCCUAUUCUGACACAUGCGGAAAUACAGACUGUGAUAACUUUGUGCGCUAGAGCUGGGUCGCGUAAGUCCCCAGUACUGAAACGGAUUGAGAAAACCCCCACUUCUCCCAAACCAAAGGAUCCAGGUUUGAACAUGGCUUUGGGCGAAAGUGCCAAAUCACCCAUCCCUGAAGCUGACAAAACGAUCACAACUCUUCAAACCAUAUCAUCGACCGAAGACCUAAUUAGCGGCCUAAAGCGCAACUGUCCAAUGGGUACAUUUGAGGUUCUACGAUCUAUGCGCAUGGAACUCAGGCUACCCUCACUCGAUGAAGAAUACGCAGAUAUUUAUCACUCAUUUCUUCUUUUUGCUUGGAAACAGUGGAUCCGCCGAUUUUCCGCCGUUCAUGGCACACACUCCCCCGCUCGGCAAUUUCUGUCAGACGAAGCCAUCACAGCCGUGAAAAGAUCAAACAGCUUAAUAAACAGAAUGCUACAGUCAGGUGUAGCAAUAGCAAAACUAAACGUUGCCAUAGGUAAAAUGAACGUGGAAGAAAUAGAAAUUUGCUUAAAAGAUCCCCACCUAUUUGUAUUAAGACAACUUCUUGUUCAGAGAAAUCUAUCGCCAAAGGAAACUCAGUCUGGUCACGUGAAGCUGAAGGACUGUCGAUCUACGUACGCAGCAAGUCUAAUUCAGUACACGUCUGAGAAAAUGAGUCGAAUUUCUGGUGAACCCCGUGUUCGGGGUGCGUUUACAACGUCCCUACUGCGUUUGACCCCAGCUACGGCCUAUUUGGAUAGCAUUUGUUCACACAUCGUUGGAUCUGGGUGGCUAUGGAACUAUGUACCGGCUGUCGUUCCGAAGGAUUUGUGCAACACUGAUGAGGAGGAAUUUUUCUUGAGUCACAUGUCAGUCCCGUAUUUUUAUAACAUAUUUACAGGAAGCACCGUUCGUUGGCCGAUCACGACAACCAACCCACCGAUUUCCUUUGUGUGGACAAACGAUUUGGCCAACAUUCAUUGGCCGCUAGGGAUCCGAGAACCACCUAGUUUAGAUCCAAGUCUCCUGAACCUGGAUGACUGUGUUACCGUUUGGGAUUACGUUAGCACAAUGGGUUACAGUUUAGAGAGGUGGAAAACACAGCCUUCCCCAACUCAAGUUGUUGAACAAAACAAACCGGACGAGGGAAGGAUGAGGCCAUACAAUCAAACCAGACAGCGGCAAGUUGAACACAAUGUGACAAUUAAUAGCGGUCGAGUCACUCCAGGACUAAGGACGCCGCGACCAACUACGCCACGUGUCCAGAGGCGUGCCAGCCCACAGCCUUCACAAGUUAGAAGAACACCAGUGCCAGCACGAGCACCAACAUCAACCUUAACCGUACCACCUAUCAUCAAUCCAGCUGGAGAGUGCCGUAGUCAUCAGGAUUAUUCUGAUACAGAAUUACCAAUGGAUGCACCGGUCAGUGUUACUCCAGUGGAUCAACAGUUGGUCGACAGCGUCGUACAAAUACAAGCCCACUGGAGGGGCUACCGUCAGCGCCGUGAAUAUCAAAAUCGCCUGAACUUUUUGCACAGUGAAUCUAGUGAACAAGCAGCGAUUCGGUUGCAAAACUUUUGGAGACAGCGAAGAGCUCAGCGUCGCAUGUCAAGUUUGCUACUCGAACACCGUCGGUAUAUCCGAAGUGUGAUGAAGAUACAGGCUUUAUGGCGCGGACGGAGAGAACGUGAGGCACAUCAGUCAUUAUACUAUCUAGCCAACCUGUCCAACCCAACAGGAAGACCUACUUCACGCAUGAUGCUUGCACAAUUCAACAUGCAUGCAUCAACUAGAGAGCCAUUGGGCUCCGCCAAUGCUUUGGCUUGCUUGUCAAAGUACAUACACUGCCUUGAUGGCAGGGCCUCGAAAGUUGCCUAUGAGAAGCAAAUGGCCUGCUUUCUACUUGGAAAAAGUGUCCUCGCGAGUGUGAACCGGUUGAAGAAUGUCAAUCAAGAACUUGCCAACUCUGAUCAGCUGAUAAAAAUUCUGGUACAAGUUCGUUUACAUGGUCGUACCCAGUCGUUUCGCAGUGACCUUGAACGAAAUGCUGUCACUCCGUUCAGAGAAAUCGAACAAAUUUCUGCACACAAUACUCACCAAAUUAGUUCAAACGAUAAAUGGCUAGACCGUUAUGGAACAGUAUGUUAUCUCUUGUACACACAACCUGACUAUCUGGUUAGCCUUCUAACAAAUAUUCCGGAGUCAGCCAUCUGGAAUAGCAACUUGCUGAACAAACCAUAUGGUUUUGAUUCCUAUAAGCUAAAGAACUAUGGAAUGUUGCUGGAACGUAUCGUACUGGGAGUCUUUCGUUAUGCUUCUACUUCUCCUGACCAAGUACGCCUGUUGCAUGUGUUCUCCAGGUUUAUUCAUCAUUUUGUCGGUGCACUCCACGUUACGCCUUCCGGUUUGGAUUGCUUCACGGAUAAGAGACCUUGGCCCUUCGUCUUGCGUUUGGCCGUGUCCUUAGCUCGAAUGCGUUUACACAGGACAAUGACCAGACGAUGUGAUGAUGAAGCCUACUUGGUAGAAAACAGGGAGAUGAUCAAACAGAAUGGUCUACUGAGAACAAUUGUCUGCGAAUUGGUGGAAGCCAUACUGGGAGCUGAUCUACUGGAAAAUGGAAAAGAAUCUGAGGAGGUGAUCGAAUUGAACACAACGGGAUUGCAACCUCUAAAAACUUCAGAUGAAGACUUUUGGGAAUAUAACACUGAUGGAUUCAUACAAAAUAAAAGCAACUUCGCGACAAAUCAUCAGGCAUGCGUCACCAGUUUUUCAAGCAUGCCACAAGGCGAUUCUGAGACAACGCCACGGUUACUAAGCGCAACUGAUGCUUUUUUUCAUGGGCUGUUUGUCGAACCUGGACCACAACUUAUACCACAGUGCUUGAAAUAUGUCGCAGUGGAGCUUUAUCGAGCUUUGAGGCACGUAUUCCCUCGUGAACCGGAAAAAAAGCGACUUAAGUUCAUAGGGCACUGCUUGAUUCGACAAUACUUCAGCUCGACAAUCAUCGCACCUGAACUUUUCUUCACAAUUUCUAAGGAUGACAGCAACCAAUCUAUCGAGGACGGUGGUAGUUCAACAGCUCCUCGCCAUGGUCGAUCAAGAAAGAACUCUAUCCUCAUGCCCUCUACCAGAGCGAAGAACUCAGGCUCCCACCAAAAAUUGGGCUACGAUUCUAUCACUGUCAAGCAUCGUCGCACGCUAGCUGCCAUCUCGCGCCUGCUUUACUUUGUCAUGGCCAAUAAAAGCUAUGCAGCCAAGGAAGCACAAGCUGUGAACGUUCAAGACAAAGUAAUUGCCAAAAGUCAACUCGCCGAAUUGUUUGACCCUUUCAUUCGAAAAUGGCAUGGACAGUUCCAAUCUUAUAUGCUGCAGCUAGUAAACACACCAAAUCUUCAACCGCAGGGGGAUGUCAAUCCCAUUUCGCUGUGGGUUUCGGGUUCUACGGAAAGGGGACCAUCGUUGUGCCAUUCUUCACAGACGGAGAAGGUGAAAUUUUUGGACUUGGGCCAACUGGGUCCCCAAAAGACUCCAUGUAUUAUGCUUUCCGCCGGACCCGUGCUCGGGAUACCGGCUAAUCUACUGGUGCAUGCCACAAAGGAACUCACUGAGCUUCACAAGCUCUUGCUACGCUACGAAGACGUGAUAGCCCCCCAUCCGUCAGACCAGCUUCACACAGUACUUCGCCAACUCGGGCCCGUACCACCACGAAUGAUACUAACCAAACAAAGUGCCUCAAGUAGCAGCAGUCGCGAGUUCUGGCGCUAUUGUGAUGAGGACAGUGAACUUUCUGAAGUGUCACCUCAGUCGGCCCGAAGUUUGCAUGACAAAUUGUCAUCUCCUAGCUGUUUUGAAACCCAGUCACUCUGCGAGCAAAUAGAACACAACAACUCAGAACAAGCACCCUCUGAUAAAAGUUCCGACAGGUUCGUUCCAAGCAGUGACGUGUAUUACCAGUUCCGAUCUUCCUGUGAGGAUACAGAUGCAACUUUUGGCUUCCAGGCAAUACAUAGCUCUCAACUACUACUGAUCCCUCUGGUACCAGCCAACAAAGAACACGUGUUACUGGGCUGUCUUUAUGGUGUGUCGGUGGCCUAUUUGCGCUCGACCGAUUGCCCACCAAUGCCAGUACGACCUUGUCAUAUUUAUUGGCCAAAUGAGGAUGAUGAUCCUAUCAAAAAACCAUGUUUGACUUGUGAGUCCGAGUUGGUCCUUCGAUCUCAAUAUCUCACAGCAAGCCUGGUCAGUGCAGGAGACCAGGUAGCUCCGGAUCACACACUGAAGCCUCAUCAGAAGCCAACUAAUUUGGACGACGCGCCAAAUAUCAGCACUUUCGACUGGCUUGAGGCCAGAAGAUUACUCGGAUUUCUUCUUAGAACCGCAGUGCGACCAGAAAAGUUAAGUCCCAGUUGCACAUUACCCCUGCCACAAAACUAUGUCACACUGUUCGACUGGAUCCAGGCGGCGGAGAGGCGUAUUGCAAGGUCCUUGGAACAACUAUCUCGGGAAAAGAAGCCAAAAGAUUUCCUGCAGUCCUUAUCGAUUGAUGAUCGGGACAAUUCACGUUUUAUCAAACAGGGCGACACAGCUGCACAAAGAAACUAUUUGCUUGAUAUUCAGGCACGGUUUUCAACGUUGAAGCAUGUGAUCAAUCGCCUCUGUGCGACAGGAUUCCUUUCAAAAACGGAUGGAUAUAAUGAGCUGCUGGUGGCACUAGCCAGAGAUAUUUGUCACUUGCGUGCAGCGUGUCAGUCUUCGGAAUGGGACAAGCUGUGCAUUCAGUUGAAAAAUAUUGAUGCGAAAAUCAACGCGGAGGCGCAAUUACUGGACCAGCAAGCUACUAUUUAUGCAGCUCAUGCACUUGACUGUCUUGUUCCACUGAACAGAUCAACGAAUCCACCACGGGAUUCUCGAUGGAGCAGUAAAUCUCGUCAGUCCGUUUCCUACCAACUACAACUGCCACCAGGUCGACUGCACAAACUUGGUCUCAUAGACCGCACACCCAAGAGAGGAAGAAAAUGGUUGAACCGUCUUCAGAUCUUGUUGGAACCGUUGGUGGCGAGUAAAGCAGAGCGAUUUGAGGACACCCGAUCGGAGUCUCAGCUAUCAAUUGCGAUUGAUAAAGCGUCCAUCGGAAAUCGGUUUGUUCCUGGAAUGUUCGAACUUGUUGUUGAGGUUGCCGGAGCCCAGAUUCACAGAGGCACAAUCAGUUUGGUCGACCUUUUGUGUCAGCAACAUAACGGGACACUGCAAUUCUCGGUGAUGGAGGAUCUUCAGCUGAAAUUGGAGCCACUGAUUCAACUGAUUCUAGAUACGUACUACACAGCACGAUGAAGCCGAGUAUUUUGCGGGCAGUUUCGAAAACUGUCAAGCGAAUGACGUUCUAUAGAGCAUUACGCUUUUCACACGGAGUCAUCGUUUGGCUGCAUUUGACUGCUCAUAGGUUCAAAUCAUGGGAUCAAGGAUAGGACAUCUUAGUACAGCUUCGGGUUGGCAGUAGAAUCGGCUCACCCAAUAUAUGAGUUAUUAAAAUAUUCACAAAUCCUGUCAGUUUUGCCUCUUCUUUGAACGCGAGGUGACAUGAUCAAGACAAACAUUUUGAUGCCGCAUAUGAUAAGCGUAAGCAUGGCAUCCAAGCUUUUACCUUCAAUGCA